AUGUACUCAGCGGGAUUUUUAACGAGUUUAGUGCUUCUCGUGGCAUUUGCUGGGGCCACGCCCACUCCCGGUGACGGGCGGAUUGUGGGCGGCGAGGUGACCACCAUUGGGGAAUUUCCGUAUCAAGUAUCCGUCCAGGUGAACGGGCAGCACAUAUGCGGAGGAGCCAUAAUCGGACAUCACUUCGUCCUCACGGCGGCCCAUUGCUUUGAGGCUGAGUUGAGCACCGAAGAUUACUCCGUGCGCGUGGGUUCCAGCGAACAUGCAAGUGGGGGCCACGUGCUCAGCCUGCGGCAGGUGAUCACCCACGGCGGCUAUAAUCCCCAGAGCCACGACAACGACCUGGCGCUGCUCAUCGUAUAUGCCAGGCUCAAUUUCACGGAGCACCUGCAGCCAGUGCCGUUGGCCUCCCCAGUGGAUCCACCACCCAGCGCGGAGAGCCGCCUUUUAGUCAGCGGAUGGGGCUACCAGGCGGAGGAGGGCGCAGGCAGCGGAGAGGUUGGCGUGUCGCCGCAACUGCGCUUCGUCGACGUCGAUCUGGUGGAGUCGGAUCAAUGCCGACGAGCCUAUCGCCAGGUGUUGCCCAUCACCCAGCAGAUGAUCUGUGCCGCACGUCCGGGUGGCGAUAGCUGCCAAGGCGACUCCGGCGGUCCAUUGGUUGGUAUUCCAGCGGACGAAGGGCCAGCCAAGCUCUACGGCAUCGUUUCAUGGGGUCUGGGCUGCGCCAAUCCCGACUAUCCGGGGGUCUAUACCAAAGUGGCUGCCUUCCGCAACUGGAUCGAUGCCCAAGUGGGCGGCUGGGGAUUUAAUGGAUUGCUGGCUGGUUGGAGUGGAUUGCAAUAAUCCGAAGAGAAACUUUAAAUAUUUAUAAAUUAAUAUGUUUAAGUAAACGAAUAAAAAUUGUACUACAUCUACAAUCCAAUUGAUCGAUGAUUCAUUUCAACAAUGAA